ACGCACAUAUGUGGGGAGCAUGCCCGGCCGCAUCAUCAACGGUUUGAAGACAGUAGGAGUCAAUAAUCCUGUCUUCCUGUUGGAUGAGGUGGACAAACUUGGGAAGAGCCUCCAAGGAGACCCUGCAGCUGCACUGCUAGAGGUCUUGGACCCAGAGCAGAACCACAGCUUUACAGAUCAUUACCUCAACGUGGCCUUUGACCUCUCCCAAGUGCUCUUUAUUGCCACUGCGAACACCACAGCGACCAUUCCCCCUGCCCUGCUGGACAGGAUGGAGGUGCUGCAGGUACCAGGCUACACCCAGGAGGAGAGGGUAGAGAUAGCUCACCGUCACUUGAUCCCAAAUCAGCUGGAGCAACAUGGAUUAACGCCUCAACAGCUUCAUAUACCACAGGACACCACACAAGAUAUAAUCAGCAGGUACACCCGUGAGGCAGGCGUGCGCUCUCUAGAGAGGAAGAUCGGGGCGAUAUGCCGAGCCGUGGCUGUGAAGGUCGCUGAAGGUCACAUAGUCACCAAUACAGAGGCUUUGACCCCCGAGGGCCCGACACAGCAGGGAGACAAGGCAGCACCUCCUGAGAUGCCCAUAGUGAUCGACCAGAUUGCCCUGAAAGACAUCCUGGGACCUCCGCUGUUUGAAAUGGAGGUUUCUGAGCGGCUCACCCUGCCCGGUGUGGCUCUGGGCCUGGCCUGGACGCCCCUUGGUGGGGAGAUCAUGUUUGUGGAGGCCAGUCGAAUGGAGGGAGAAGGUCAGCUCACUCUGACUGGUCAGCUGGGAGAUGUUAUGAAAGAAUCCGCCCAUCUGGCCAUCAGCUGGCUCAGAACAAACGCUAAAACUUACCAGCUCACAAACAUGGUGGGGGCUCCAGAUCCGCUUGAAGGGACAGACAUCCACCUCCACUUCCCGGCUGGAGCUGUAACCAAGGAUGGCCCCUCUGCAGGUGUUACUAUAGUAACCUGCCUAGCCUCGCUGUUCAGCGACAGAUUGGUCAGAUCAGACGUUGCCAUGACAGGAGAGAUCACGCUUAGAGGGCUGGUGCUGCCGGUGGGCGGGAUCAAGGACAAGGUCCUGGCGGCCCACAGGGCAGGAGUGAAGCGAGUCAUCCUCCCUAAACGCAACGAGAAGGACCUCGAGGAGCUUCCGGCAAACGUCCGAGCUGACCUCGACUUUGUCAGCGCCGGAAACCUGGACGAGGUGCUGAACGCCGCCUUUGAUGGAGGGUUCCCAGGGACAGCCAGCACGUGCACACACACUCAGCUGACCAGCAAACUGUAACACACUGAUGCAAACACACACACACACACACAAAUGCGCUGACGGUGUGAAGUGAAGAAUAGUCCUGAAUAAGAGAGCACGUCGUGUUUCAGCUUUGACAUCUUGCACUCUAAUGAGUUGUUCCCUGAUAGGCAUUGAGUGUGCACAUCUUUAAUCCUGACCAGAUAAUCUGAGGUAAAUGAAGCUACAAUUCAGAGUCAAACCCUGUAGGAGAAUUCAGCUUACAGUACAACAAUGUGAAGUUAAACUUUCUAGGGUCAUUUGGUGUUGCACUUAUUAAUUUAGCUUGAUUGAUAGUGUUUGUGCUGAACAGUAAGCAGUCUGCUGAGAUGGUUUGUGUAUGUGACAACAGAAGUAGAUGAGAUGUGUUCAGAUGGUGUAGAUACCUGCAGACUGUUUGAAUGACUGUUUAAACAUGCGUUGUAAUCCAGUGUAGCCUGGUUUUAACUAUUUGGUGGAUGUUUUACCAGUUCUUGUAAAUGCAGAUUUUGUGUGUGUAAUGUAUUAGCUAUGCAAACGUUAUAACAAUGAACAACAAAAGACUGCAGUUACUUUGCUCAUACAGUGUGUUUCAGAUCCCACUCUGAGGUCCCUGUCUGCAUGAGGCGUGGAAACAAUUUCUCCAGGCCAAAUAAUUCUUUUAAUGACUGAACCUUAAUCCAAAAUGCCAUUUUUCUGGCAGAAUGAAUCAUUCCCAUGUAAUGCGUGCAUUCUGUGGGCCAAGCAGACAUUGUAUGUAGAAAGUGACAAAAUGUAGUAAAAGGUUGUCAUACUAAUCAUAAACAUAACUGUAUGCAUUGAUAAUAUUGCUAGUUCAUAAUGAAGAUAAUGUUAUGGAAGCAGAAGCAUCAUGUCUGUGAACUUCUGAGUAGCAUUAGCAAGAUAACUUCAUUAGCAUUAGCUUGCCGGCUGAAAGGCUUUAGAAUGCACUACUGUAUAUGGAUGAUUAAACAUUUUACCUUUAACAUUAUAACAAAUGUUAGCCUGAACUAUGUAGCCAGCUGAAAAGGCAUGUGCUCUGUGAGUUUAUCCAAGUGUUUUCAGUUAGGCUAGCUAUGUGCUAGAUGGAAGGGUCAAAUAAUUAAGUAUCAACCUUUAAAUCUCGUUUGACUCUUUGUUUUAAUAAUUUAACUGACAAUAUUAUUCAGUUAUGUAUUUAGUUAUAGCUGUGACUUGUCUGAUUUCAGGGCUCCAUCAUAUUGAAUUGCAUUAAACAAGUAAUUUUUUAAACAAA